ACCCGGGGCAAGAUGGCGGUAGUGUUUCGUCCGCUGCCCCGGGGCUGGCAGAUUUCGGGGAUACUGGGCUGAGGCGGCAGCUGUGGCUCGGACCCCGAGCGUGGGGGCCUUAAGCGGAUAAAGGGUAGCGAGUGGGCAAUCGGGUGAACGAUCCUUCGAGUGGUGGGCGGAGGACUCUCAGGGCGGUGGAGCUGGGACCGAGUUCGUGUCUGGCCCCGUCCGAGUCGCUGGCAUUCGACAUCCAGGCAUCCUCUCUCUGAAGCCCUUUUCGUCUCUUUUCAUCCGUGAGGCUGUAGGCCUUAGUAUAGGACUAAUGCUGGGCGAAAAGAACUUGUCGUUUUGGUUGUUAAUCCUGAGGAAAGACGCUGGGCAUCUGAAGUCACCUGAACUGGAGUUCGAAUCCUAGUCUCUCGCUUUGCGACCUCGGGAAGCACAAGCUCCUCUGAAGCGUGAAGCUGUCCUCCACCACAUUUCCUGUGGGAGAUUACUAAUGCUUACCUAGCAAUCCUGCUACACAGGCAGGUCCUCAGGAUUUGUGCCAGCUAGCAAACAUGUUCACAGUAUCUCAGACCUCACGAGCGUGGUUCAUCGAUCGAGCCCGGCAGGCCCGAGAAGAACGGCUGGUGCAGAAGGAGCGGGAGCGUGCAGCUGUGGAGAUUCAGGCCCAUGUGCGCAGUUUCCUGAGUCGGAGUCGCCUGCACAAAGAUAUCAGAAGAGAGAUUGAUGAGUUUUUUAAAGCAGAUGACUCUGGAUCCAGUAAAAGAAGUGCACUUUGUAUUUUUAAGACUGCCAGAAAACUGCUGUUCAUAUUCAGAAUCAAAGAAGAUAAUGAGCGGUUCGAGAAGUUGUGUCGCUGCAUCCUCAGCAGCAUGGAUGCUGAGAGCGAGCCCAAGGUGUGGUACGUGUCCCUGGCUCUCUCCAAGGACCUCACUCUCCUGUGGAUUAAACACAUCAAGGAUGUUCUGUGGUACUGCUGUCAGUAUCUUGAGCAGCUCAAGCCUGAAAUCUUACAAGACUCCAAACUCAUCACUCUGUACCUCACGAUGCUUGUCACCUUCACAGACACUUCAACAUGGAAAAUUCUCCGUGGCAAAGGUGAGAGCCUUCGACCAGCCAUGAACCACAUUUGUGCAAAUAUAAUGGGGCAUCUGAACCAGCGUGGAUUUUAUUCUGUGCUGCAGGUGUUGUUGACCCGGGGCCUGGCCAGGCCCCGGCCUUGUCUGUCCAGAGCCACUUUAACGGCAGUCUUUUCUCUAGCAUUGCGCCCUGUGACUGCUGCACAAUUUUCAGACAAUCUUCUCCGGCCCUUCCUCAUCCACAUCAUGUCAGUGCCUGCCCUUGUGACUCAUCUUGGCACAGUGACCCCAGAGCGCCUCGCUGUCUUAGAAUCUCAUGACAUGCUGCGGAAAUUCAUCAUGUUCUUAAGAGAUGAAGAGCGAUGCCGUGAUGUGUGUGAGACUUUAGAAGGGUGCCACACGCUCUGUCUGACAGGCAACCUCCUACAGUUGGGCUCCCUCAACCCCAGAGUGCUAGAGGAGGAGACAGAUGGGUUUGUGAGCCUGCUCACCCAGAUGCUGUGCUACUGCCAGAAGUACGUGUCCCAGAAGAAAUCCAACCUGACCCACUGGCAUCCAGUCCUCGGCUGGUUUUCCCAGUCUGUGGACUAUGGCCUCAACGAGUCCAUGUACUUGGUCACCAAGCAGCUGCAGUUCCUGUGGGGGGUGCCUCUCAUCCGCAUCUUCUUCAGUGACAUCCUCAGCAGGAAGCUGCUGGAGCACCCAGAGCCUGCCCCCGUGCAGCCGGCAUCCCCCCAGAACGUGCUCCCCAUGAAGAGUCUUCUCAAGCGUGCAUUCCAGAAGUCUGCAUCAGUUCGGAAUAUUCUGAGGCCUGUGGGGGGCAGACGCGUGGACUCGGCGGAGGUGCAGAGAGUGUGCAGCAUCUGUGUCCUCUACCAGACCUCGCUGGCCACGCUCACCCAGAUCCGCCUGCAGAUCCUCACAGGUCUCACUUACCUUGAUGACCUGCUGCCCAAACUGUGGGCCUUUAUCUGUGAGCUGGGGCCCCAUGGAGGGUUAAAGCUCUUCUUGGAAUGCCUGAACAACGACACCAGAGAGUCCAAGCAGCUCUUGGCCAUGCUGAUGCUGUUCUGUGACUGUUCCCGACACCUCAUCACGAUUCUUGAUGACAUUGAAGUUUAUGAAGAACAAAUUUCAUUCAAACUGGAAGAGCUGGUCACCAUCUCCUCUUUUCUGAAUUCCUUUGUGUUUAAGAUGAUCUGGGAUGGAAUCGUAGAGAAUGCCAAGGGUGAGACCUUGGAGCUGUUCCAGUCUGUCCAUGGGUGGCUGAUGGUGCUGUAUGAGCGGGACUGCCGGCGGCGCUUUGCCCCUGAAGACCACUGGCUGCGAAAGGAUCUCAAGCCCAGUGUGCUCUUUCAGGAACUCGACAAGGACCGGAAACGCGCACAGCUGAUUCUACAGCACAUCCCUCAUGUCAUUCCACACAAAAAUAGAGUUCUCCUGUUCCGAAACAUGGUUACCAAGGAGAAGGAGAAACUGGGACUUGUGGAAACGAGCUCUGCCUCCCCUCACGUCACUCACAUCACCAUCCGAAGGUCCCGGAUGUUGGAGGACGGCUAUGAGCAGCUUCGGCAGCUCUCCCAGCAUGGCAUGAAGGGCGUGAUCCGCGUCAAGUUUGUCAAUGACCUUGGUGUGGACGAGGCUGGAAUUGACCAGGAUGGCGUUUUUAAGGAGUUCUUGGAAGAAAUCAUCAAGAGGGUGUUCGACCCAGCCCUCAACCUGUUCAAGACAACCAGUGGGGAUGAGCGGCUGUACCCCUCCCCCACAUCCUACAUCCACGAGAAUUACCUGCAGCUCUUCGAGUUCGUGGGGAAGAUGCUGGGGAAGGCUGUGUACGAGGGGAUUGUGGUGGAUGUGCCCUUCGCUUCCUUCUUCCUGAGCCAGCUGCUCGGCCACCACCACAGCAUCUUCUACAGCUCCGUGGACGAACUUCCUUCCCUUGACUCGGAGUUCUAUAAAAACCUCACCUCCAUUAAGCGCUAUGAUGGGGACGUGGCAGACCUCGGCCUCACCCUGUCCUACGACGAGGACGUCAUGGGUCAGCUUGUCUGCCAUGAACUGACUCCUGGAGGGAAGACCAUUCCUGUUACAAAUGAAAACAAAAUUAGCUACAUCCAUCUGAUGGCACAUUUUCGAAUGCACACCCAAAUCAAAAACCAAACGGCCGCCCUCAUCAGCGGGUUCCGUUCCAUCAUCAAGCCAGAGUGGAUCCGAAUGUUCUCGACCCCGGAGCUGCAGCGGCUCAUCUCUGGAGACAACGCCGAGAUUGAUCUAGAAGACUUGAAGAAGCACACAGUGUACUAUGGUGGCUUUCACGGAAGUCACAGGGUCAUCAUCUGGCUCUGGGAUAUUCUAGCCUCCGACUUCACGCCCGAUGAGAGAGCCAUGUUUCUGAAGUUUGUGACCAGCUGCUCCAGGCCCCCACUCCUGGGAUUCGCCUACCUCAAGCCCCCAUUCUCCAUUCGCUGUGUGGAGGUGUCGGACGAUCAGGACACGGGAGACACCCUGGGCAGCGUCCUCCGGGGCUUCUUCACCAUCCGAAAGCGAGAGCCAGGCGGCCGGCUACCCACCUCCUCCACUUGCUUCAACCUGCUCAAACUGCCCAACUACAGCAAGAAGAGCGCCCUUCGUGACAAGCUGCGCUACGCCAUCAGCAUGAACACGGGUUUCGAGCUGUCCUAGCCCCACCUGUCCAUCGCCGGCCACUCCAGGGAGCGUGACCACGGGCCAGGCCACAUUAGCCCCCACAGCCUCUCUGCAGCUGUGAGACUCCCGUGGCCUGCAGGAAACGGGACUGGGAAAGGACUGCUGGAAAUAAACCUCCCAUUCUACCCCAGUGGUCCUCUCUGUGCUUUCAGGGGCUCAUGGCCCAGGCUGGCGACGGCAGAGGGGCUCCCCUGCUUUGGGCUUUCAGUGGGUCUUCCUGAUUCCUCAAUGGGCCAUGUCUGACAAGCCCCUGCAACUGCAUUCUUCAGUGCUUUCAAUGGUGUGGCCUGCCACACGUGAGGGCCUCUCCUUCCGUUCUGAAAACUACUCAGGUAAGGCCUUGUCCAGCCGCUAUGCACCUGACAGAGUCCCCACCUCCGUGCGGUCCUUCUGCCCCUGGAGGCCACCAAGCACAGGAAGUUGAGGGUGCAGUCCCCUACUGCAUAGCCCCGAGCCUGGCCCCACCCACCCUCCUUUCUGAGCUUCCAGGGGUCCUCCCCAGCCCGCUCCACUCCUGACCCACACAGCAGCACCUUCAGGGGACAGCCAUCCUGGUUCCCCGCCCGCCCUUCGCUAGAAGCCAACACAGGCAUCUCCCUACGUGGGCAGUGCCUUCACCCCACAGACGGCGAAAUCCCGAGAAUCGUGGGUCUUGCCGCCAUCCUUCCUCAGCAGGGCGAGCCUAGGAGGCUGGGGAGACCCCCCCCACCUUUGUGUUCCCACACACACACCGAGUUGUAGUUUCUGUCUUUUCUUGUUCUUUCUGUUUUGUUUGAUCCUUUUAACUUCAUUUCCUUUUAACCCCACCAUGCUCCUCUGCCCUCCUGUUCCCCUUCCCAUGAGGACUGUCUCCAAGCCAGGACACCCCCUCUGCCACCCAUGCCUCUAGCACCCCUGCCUCCAGACAAGCCAGAGUGGUUGCCCGAGUGCCUGGCCUCCCUCCACAGUCCUGUUCUGGCCUUGCUGCUCUCUUCAGAGCUGAGGACACCUUCCAGCACCAGGCCCCAGGUCAGUGAGCAGGCAGGCUCCAUUGAGGCUGGGAUGGCAAGGCACUUGCAGGCAGGAAGUUAGGGCUGUCACCUCUGCUCCUGCAUAUUUUCCACCUUUGAAGCUCUGCCAACUGCAUGGGGACAAUCUGUCCAUAGAUGCCGGUGCCCAGUCAACUGUCCACCUGCCCGAGCAAGAUGGAGCCCUCCUGAGCCAGAGCAGGGUGAUGCGGGGAGCUGGUGGCUUGCAGCUCCCACACCCCAGACCCGUCUGUCCUGUCCUCUUGGCCAGGAGGGGGUGCUUAGCGCUGCACCCCGGUCCUCUCUAGCAGGUGUGGCAUUGCACUGAGACGCUGAGUCCACUGUCAUAGCUGGUGUUGCUUGACACCCUGAUGGCUCUUGAAAUGUCAUUGCUUUGGUGUUUGUAGAUGAUGUAUGGAUUCAGAUGUAUGGAAGGCUUUAUUAAAUUUGUACUGGAG